CAGGGAGUGUGGGCUGGCAGUAAGCACAGGUGCUGGCUUGGGCCAGGGUAGCUCAGCUCCCUCAGAUCUCCCUGGAAACCCACAGGCCAUGUUCACUGUGGUGGUGGAAGUAGAGCAGGGGAGAGGAUUAGGUCCAGACGCCUGCCACCCCAACCUUCUUCUGGAGGGGUCUCAGAGCAUGCGUCUACUUCCUCCUGGGACUCUGGAGACUCAGGAACAGAGCUUCACCUUUGACAGAGUCCUGGGUGCUGAGGCUGCUCAGGAGGCAGAGAAGGAGAUGCUCACACAGGUCCAGUCCAUACUGGGCUUCGUGGGCCAAGGGUACAGUGUAGCCCUGCUGCUUCAGGGUCGGGAAAAAGAAGCUCCCUGGCUUGUGCCUCAGCUGCUGCAGAUGCUGUUUGAGGAAGCCUUGCCCCAGACGGGCUCUGAUCCUGUGCUUAGUACUCUGAGCCUGGUGCAGCUCAGUCCCAGUGGGAGGACACAGGACCUGCUUUUUCCAGGAGCGGAGAACUUGUUAGUGCUGGAUGUGGCCCCUCUGGGUUUGGUGGUGAAAGGUGUGCAUGAAGUGGAGGUGCCUGACUCAAAAGCUGCCUCAGAGCUGUAUUUGCAGGCCACAGUGGGCGAAGGCAGAGACUGUUCCCUUCUCACUCUUACCAUGUCCUGCCCAGGACCUGACUCUCCUCAGGGGCCUGGACCCCAAAGCAUGUGGCGAGGGGUCUUGAGGAUCCUUCAGCUCCCAGGAGCAUUAGACUGCCCCCUGCUACAAGUCUUGGCUGGUGAAGCUACUGGUGAGGAGGUGGAGGGUUCUCUGCCCUGGAUUAUCUCGUGGCUUCUUGAAGGAAAUAACUACAGUGGUCUACUUCUUCGCCUUGACGCUCCAGGUAGCUCCCUGAGCUUGCUCCAGGCUGCUCUGUUGGGGGCCAUGAGACUGAGGAUGCAAGUCAAACAAGUGAGGCCUACCCUGUGGGAUGCUGUGGAAGAGGCCCGGGCCCGAAGGCUUGACCUUAACAGUUUGCGUUCAUGUCUCUUGGGGGACACCCUGACGGACGGUGAUUUAAGCCAGCUGGGUAGGGCAUUGCGGGAGCUGCAGGUGGUGAAAGGCUGGAGCCGGUGCUUCGAAAGCUGGAUGCUCAGAGGAGUAAAAGCUGAGGCCGUGGGGCUUCUACAACCACAGCAGGUAACAGACUCAGCAGUAAGCCACAAUCCAGGCCUCCAGGGCGAGCAUCAAGGAAGAAAUGCAUCUCUAGGUCCUGGGUGCCAUCAAAAGCAUCCUCUUGGAUACUCUAAGGAAGAGGCUCCAGAUGUGGUCUUGCAGUUCUUCCUGGCCCAGAUCCGGAGGCAGAGACUGCGAGAACAGCACCAACUUUUGAUUCAAGAGGAAAUAAAGCAUUUGGAACAGGAGGAGGAGGAGGUAGAUAACCAAGUCAAAGAUCUGGUGGCUGGAAAAGAGGCCUCUAAGGAGAGGCAGAGAUGGUACUGGGAGCAGACAGUGCGGAAACUCCAGUUGGAGGCCCUGCAGGAGGAAUGUGAUGCUGCCGAGCAGGACCUGGUAGUCCUCUAUGACCUGCAUGUACUGGCUGCUAGGACACGCCAUGUGCUGCAGGUGUUCCAAGCCUGGCGGGCACUGUGGGAAGAGCAGGCCAUGACCAGAGAGCACCAUUACCGUGGCUUACUGGCUGGCGUCCUGCAGGACACAUUCAAGUUGGUCACACAAAACCAGGAGUUCCAAGCCCAGAAGCAGAAGUUUCAGCAAAGUACAGACUAG